AUGCGUGUUUUAUUUUGGAAUAUUAAUGGUGUUGCUCGUGAGGUAGCACAGUUUAAGUUAAGAGAGUUAAUAAGGGACUUCAAACCUGAAGUGUGUUGUCUUGUUGAGCCUAAAGUGGCAAGUUCGGCUAAUUUUGGUAGAAGAUUAAUAACAGAAGGUUACUCCCCAGAUAUUAUUCAUAAUUCAUCUUGUUCUAGUAUUGCAAAUCUCUGGAUUUGCUACACGAAUGGGCUGAAUGUUUUAGUUGUAAAUACAAGUAAGCAAGCUAUUACAGUUGCGGUGGAGGGUGUGCAUAUUUCAUUUGUCCAUGCUAGUUAUGUACAAGUGACAAGACAUAGACUUUGGCAGCAGUUGGAUAUGAAAGAUACAGUUACCCCUUGGCUGGUCAUGGGGGACUUUAAUUGUAUUCUGCGUUUGGAUGAGAAGAAAUGUGGGCGUGAAACUAGAUCCUCUGUCAUUAUUGAAUUUAGUGACUGGAUAGAUGAUAUAAAUCUCUUUGAAGCGGAUUCUUUGGGCAACAAGUUCACUUGA